AAAAACACUCGUCAAACAAAUAUGUCAGGGUUGACUGACAGCAAGUGGCACAACCUCUCCAGCCCACAGCUGUUCUGUUUUCACUGAACUCUUAUCACAUUCACAAGACAAUCACAACACCGGGGAAGUGGGCGGCGUUCUCGCGGAAUGUAUUCAAUGAAAAGCCGGGUCAGAGGUAUAUGGUGGUUAUUGUGGUUUGUUAUGUCGAGUGUGUCUAAUUGCUACUACUAAAGUUGUUACAACCAUAAUGAGGAGUAAGGGGGGUAUGAGGGGGAGAGCUGAUUACCUGCUGAACUCAACUGUCACGGCAGACAACCUUGCUCUCUUGCUUCUAGUCUCGCCAAGCACAAACACUCCACAGACCCAAAGCCCUCGGUAAGAUGGUGUUUAUGCUUUCAAACAAAGGUCAGGGCAUCAUCUGUAAGAGCAGCGUGAUGAUGAUGAUUUAUAUGAAUGAUGAUUGAUGAUGAUGAUGAUGAUGAUGAUGAUGAUGAUGAUGAUGAUGAUGACGAUGAUGCAGCAGUGUGAUGAUGAUAUGAUAACGUGUCGUCGUGAACCGGAAGUCUGUCAUCAGGAGAGUGUGGGGGUUGUCACCUCGCCAAAGACUGAAGCAUCAGGAAAUAAACACUACAAUCAACUGCCACAAAGAAGAAAAAUGGCGACAAGAAGAAAAGGGAUUGAAAAGUCUUGAGACUGAUGAAGCCACGUGUCGGCUGUAAUGGAGGGACAUUGCUGGCUGAACACUGGGAGGGAGAGGCUGACCGCGGGGCAGUGAACAGUGCACAGUGAUCCCCGACACUUCAGCUCAGCGGGAGGACAACGAAGAAGUGUUUUCGUUUUGAAUGUCAUUUGUAAUUAAAAAACACUUCCUCAUACUCUCUGAACAGUUGCUUUUGCUCGUCAGGAAGGAAGUGAACAGCGACCCACGUGUCGUUGCCAAUGUCCUCCUCCCUCCCACCCGACUCGAGGUGAGUAGAGCAACUGCCAUCUCGCCCUCCUCGCACAGUCGGAGGAGUCCAAGCAAUACCUGGCGGUCACCCUCAGUCUCACCUGCUGACCAGGCAUGGACGUUGACAUGCAGUCACACCUGGAUGCAAGAGAUGCAUGAAAACAUCCAUGUUAGUGUUGAGUGUAUGGCCAGCGGCUGACUGGAGCGGCGGGAGGAGCACUGCACGUGGCCUUCUAACAGGAGACCCCCCGCCACGUCUUGAGUGGCUGUUCAAACCCUCCUGAGCCUGUAGGUAAGGCCGGGGGAUAAAUCUUGCCAACAACACAAGGAUUUUAAUGUCAUCAGCGCAUGUUUGCAGCUUGUGGCUGUUGUUACCACGCCAGUCGUAGUGCAGGCCGGACUGGCGAGUGGAAAGUGCAGGGCGACUAACAGACUAGCAGACUAACAGGCUAACAGACUAACAGACUAACAGACUGACAGGCUAACAGACUAACGGACUGACAGACUAAUAGACUGACUAACAGACUAACAGGCUUACUAACAGGCUUACUAACAGACUAACAGGCUAACAGACUAGCAGACUAACAGACUAACAGGCAUUCUAACAGACUAACAGACUGACAGGCUAACAGACUAACGGACUGACAGACUAACAGACCAGAGGAUGACUAGCCAAGCAGUAAACAGGUGCAGGACCAGACCUGAACUUCAAAGUGCAGGGCGGUAAUUGCCUCUCAGUGCAUGGCUACACAUGGCAUGCAGCAAAUGAGAUCGAUUGGGGGAGGGAGGGUAACCUGAUGAGGGGUGGGGGUGUAACUUCCUCCUGUGUGACUUGAUCCCUGAAGUCAGACCAUGUGGCCAGUCGCUACCUGUAAACCUCAACUGGUGACGAUGACGAAAGAUGGUGACUGCAGAAGGCGCACACCUGAGGAAAGUGCGAGGGAGGAAUGAAUAACAGGGCUAGAGCACCUGGGGGUGUCCCUUAGGUCUGAUUUCACGGCUGUCUCAUACAGUUUCAUCCAGUCCAGUGGUACACUGUGUGUACAGACCCUACACUCACCCGUUUACAGGUAGAUGUGCCUUGCCGGUGUCCUCACGGCCCUGAAGUAAGCACCUACCUGACCUACCCACCUUUGUUGUUGUUGGCAAAGGAACCCGGACGUCCUAAAGGAGAAGUUGUGUUUAUUUGCCUGAAUAUCAACGACCAGGGGCAACUGAGUGUUUAUCUAUGUGAACAAGCCUGGGACUGCUGUUUGCCUACCAGACUGAACAGUCAGGGAGAGGUAAGGAGCUUGGAGUGAGAUUGUCAACAGUCAGGACAGCUGUGUGUUUAUUGUGACAGCAGGUCUCACGUGGACAGACACCGGGUGUAUCUAGUGGCUGUGAUGACAACACCAAGGUAUAGCUGGGUGCUUGUAUAGCUGGGUGCUUGUAUGAACAGUCUCCAGGCCCAGAGGUGACACCACAACCACGCGCAGCCCAUGACGACAGCGGCGAUGAGGGAAGAGGUGAUGCGCCGUUUCCUCCAGGCUGUGAAGGAUCGCCAGUCCAACAAGGUCCUGCACAACAUCCUUGGAUUGAUCUCGAAGGAGGAGUUCAUGGGUUGGGUGGAUGGCCACGGCCUCGAUAUUCUGCACCACGCCAUCAUGCUGGACAACGCCGAGGCCGUGGACUUCCUGCUGAAGCUGGGCUACUUCGCGCGGCCACACCAGCCUGCAGUCAACCUCUACACUCAUCUAGCAGCUCACCUCGGCCACAGGACUGUUCUCAGUGUUCUUAUUCAGCACAGGCCCGAUGACUUUAGAUUGUCACAGCAGCCACUGAUCCUGCCAUCCGCAAACUGCGUCCCCCCAGACAACUGCAAAACGUGUGCAGCACGUGCAAGGGUAGCUGCUCCCCUUGCGGGAGGAAAAACAUCGUCGUCUGUAAGCGAGUCCAACGAAGCUGGUGCUUCAGACCACGAGAGGAGCCGGGCUGGCAGCACGAAACAGGCCUCCACAUCCACAUCCACAUCCACAUCCACAUGGCUGUCGCUUUCCCGACUAAAAGUCGCCACAGACGCUGUGGGCGUGGUAGGCCAUCAUGUACAGACUGGCGCCAAGAAGCAUGAUAGCAGCUUAGAUGAUAGGGCUACAGCAGACGACAGUGGCCUGCAGACUCCGCCAUUAAUGAAGACACCGGUGGACGUGGCUGCGCUGUCCCAGCACGUGGAGUGCGUCAAGCUUCUACUGGACGUGUGCGUGCUAAAGGUCAACCCGCACGCGCCCAGCCACGGCUACCUCACCCUGUCAGCCCUGGCCAACAGCUCGGCCGCCAUGGCGCUCAUGAUGAAGGAGAGUCCCAGGAGACAAGACCACAAGCAGGAGAAGCUGAGAGACGAGGACCUGAAGGCAGCUGUAGGUGUGUGUCUGCACAAGGUCCUGCCCGAGUGCCUGGACAUCAUUCUGGCCAGCGAGAACACCCGAAUCCUGCAGCUGUUCAACAACAUCAGCCUGCUGCACAUCCUGUACACCUCCAGCGCCUCGCACACCCACGCCACCUACAGGCGAAUCCCCGAGGUCACAAAGGUCCUCAUCAAGUGGAAUCACGAUGUCAAGGCCACGAUACCGCCCCGGACAUACCCGCUGUACACCCUCAUUUCUCACGCCUUCUGUAGCCAUGACUACAGCAACACCAGCCACUACCUGUCGGCACUGCGCAUGCUCCUACAGGCAGGAGCUGAUCCCAACUUUGACGAGGUGGCGUUUGAGAAGCGGCUGCUGCAGCAGAAGGGGAUGAAGGCUGCUGUGGGCAGGAACGCCUACUCCACGUCGCUGCACUGCUUGCUGGAGACCGUGGAGACCUACGCCACCUACCUGCAGUCGCGGGCCCUGGCCGUCCGCUUCGUGGAGGAGUGCGCCGAGCUUCUGACACAGUUCAAUGCCGACAUCACCAAGGUGGGCAGGAUAGGGGACGCCAGCAGCGUGCUGCACGGCAACGUCCUGCAGCAAUACGCCAAGUGCUGCGUGUCCCUGGGGGUGGACAGACCCAUCAUGCGGUGCUUGCUGCGCCACGGAGCGGAACCCGAGGUCAAAGUAAAGGGAAAGUACGCCCUGAAUGUCUACUUUGACAAGUUAUUCGACUCCCUGAAGAUGUGCGAGGUGGUGGACACAAACCACCGACUUCUGGGGGACGUGAGGGCCAUGGUGGACUUCAUGUGCGACUACAUGGCGCCUGUCCACAUCCAAGACGCCGCCACGACCUUUAUGCAAGCGCAUGGACGUGACAGGUCACCUCAGGUACAAAACAGCCGAGCUUCUCAAAUCACAAUCAACAAGUCAUUCAUGUUAUUUCAUUUCUCAUCAGCCUCAUCGGACGCACGCACGAGUCAUUCAUUCAUUGACUACCAGCUGACCAACGGUUACACUGGUCCUCGGGUAAAGGUCGUCAGGCUGACCCUUUGCUGUCGGUGCUGUUGGUCAUCAGGACUUUGCUCGUGUCCGCGCUGGUCACCACUCCAUAUUGUUGAUACGGUGUCAGGAUGUCGGUAAGUUCGCUGUUGAUUGCGACGAACAGCGAAACAAACAUCAACAACACGGUAGUGGUGGUGGUGGUGGUGGCGAUUUGGGGAGGGAAAAGUGCUUCCACCUAAAGACGAUUUCGCGCUCCGGGGGAUGGGGAUGUGCAAGAAUAUGGGGAGGGAUCAUGGGAGGGGGUCAGGGAGAUGUGGGAGGAGGAUCGCUGUUCCCUGACGCCGCAGGUGUUGUUUACUGUUGCUGGUGUCCACCUUCUGUUGUGAUCUUUUACUUUUGGUGUGCAGGGGGCCUGCCAAGUCCACAGUGGUGGUGCACUAUACUGAUUGCCGCUUCCUCUGUGUUGCAGUGUUCUAGACUUCCAUGUGGUUGUAGAUGUCUCGGUGCUGUGUUCUGGCUUCUACUGUACUGGCUGCUAUGAGCCUCGUGUCAACCUAUGACGGAGCCUGUCAGUAUUUGGCCAUGAGACUAAUCACCGAAUGUUGGUUGCUGACCCUGACCUCAGUCUCUGUUUCAGGUCCAGUACUAUGUGACAGUCGUCCAAAGAGAGUUGGAGAGAAGAGCCAGGUGCGUGAAGAGUCUGCGCCACCUGGCGGCCUGGAGGGUGUGGAGGUUGUGCGGCAAGAGCUCGGACAAGGUGCGCCGCCUGCCGGUCUCCG